UGGACAACCAGUUGAUGCAAUGGCAACUAUUGUUCAUAAGUCGAAGGCGCCACGCAUUGGCCGUGAUCUUGUGGACAAGCUGAAGAAGUUCAUAGACAGGCAAAUGUUUGAAAUAAUCAUUCAAGCUGCUAUUGGAUCAAAGGUUGUUGCCCGGGAAACGGUCUCGGCCAUGAGAAAAAAUGUUAUUGCAAAGUGUUAUGGCGGUGAUGUUACUAGAAAGAGGAAGCUAUUGGAGAAGCAGAAAGAAGGGAAGAAGCGCAUGAAGCGUGUUGGCUCCGUUGAUAUUCCUCAAGAGGCUUUUCAUGAGAUACUGAAGGUCUCUUGAAGGUUUUUGUAAUGUCAUUUUUCAUUAAUUAAUGAAAUCUCCUGUCUAGGUAGGUGAAUGAAAAUUGUACGAGUAGUAAUGGAGAACAGUGGUUUAGCAGGAUAUAAGCUUUAAAUAGCACUG